AUGGGCGCACAUGUACAUACUGUACUCAAACAGUUACCAGUCAGUGACCAAAAGCUCGAAAAAAUUCGAAUUGCAUCACAAAAUGAUGAUCAGGUUCAAACUCUCAUACAGGUUAUAAGGAACGGUUGGCCACGUAUGCGCCAAGACUGUCCCAAAUCUGUAGUUGAGUAUUGGAACCACAGAGAUGAGCUAUCGUUUGAAAAUGGCCUAAUAUUUAAGGGACAAAAGAUAAUCAUUCCUAGGUCAGAACGCUUUGACAUGAUAAAAGCCGUUCACGAUAACAGCCACCAGGGCUGCAACCAAGCAACGCGGCGUGCUAGUGAUAUCAUGUUUUGGCCAGGUAUGAGUAAUCAAAUAUUAGAAUACGUGCAAGCAUGCUCUUUAUGCGAGAAAUACCGCCCUUCGAACGCAAAAGAACCACUCUUUUCCCAUGAGGUGCCCCAGAGGCCGUGGCAAAACGUAUCAUGUGACAUUUUCGCAUUCGAUAACAAACAGUACCUAAUUACUGUAUGCGCGUUCAGCAGAUUUUUCGAAAUAGAUUUACUACCAAACACCAAAAGUAACACGGUGAUUCGCAAAUUAAAGGUACAUUUUAGUCGGUUUGGCAUACCUGAACAACUUAAAUCGGACAACGGACCACAAUUCACAUCCGAGCCAUUUAGCAAUUUUGCUAGAGACUGGCAUUUUACGCACGUCACGUCAAGCCCACAUCAUCAGAGUUCAAACGGACUGAGUGAGAUAUACGUUAAGCUUGCAAAACGCAUACUACAAAAAGCAAAAGAUGCUAACUGUGACCCCUACUUGCCUCUUCUAGAACACAGAAAUUCCCCAUUACCUGCAAUUGGUUAUAGCCCUAGCCAACUCCUACAAGGACGUAGGCUAAGAUCAAUCCUCCCAGCAACUCAUGAACAGUUAUCUCCAAAGCCUAUUAAUGCAAAGAAAGCCCGAGAAAAUAUGCAGAAACAACAAACAAGGUCAAAAUUUUAUUAUGACAGAUCCACACAAUCACUCCCUUCUCUGCAAUCAGGGGAAAAUAUCACAUUUCAGAAAACCCCGGGAGAAAAAUGGGAACCAGGGUAA